GCAACGGAGGCAAAGGUGCGGCGCGAGCGGUUCUCGUCGCGACACUACGCGGGACUGCAGCGAGUCGAUCGGCCCGUCGCUCUUCGCUGGUUUUUCGAUCGUGCUUCGAUACCGUCGCUGGAUCGUGGAAAAUCCGUGGAUCCAGCAACCUGUUGCGGUGCCGAUCUCGCGUGCACAGGCCCCCAGAGCCGAGCACACCGCUCCCGGCGGCAGCGAAGCCAGGCCUUGACGGGCGCCAGCCAACCUGGACACGUAUUUAACUUGCACGGCUUGCGCGCGUUCACACGUGGAUCGAGCGAGCGCGCGGCAUCAGUUGCGUCGAUUCGAAUCGGUGAGAAAUAUCAUCCAUCGACGUCGGAUGCGCGGAGUUCGAUAUCGUCGAUAUGUGACCGGUGAUCGGGUGUCAACGUAGCGUGGCUGGCCAGCGGAGCACCAUGUCGACGACAGACGUGUUUCGCAUCGCGCAACAGGGACCUACCGAAGAGGAGCAAGGAAGACUGAAGGCUGAUCUGCAAUACCUCCGAAGGAGGGGACUUCUGAAGGCGUCGGGUGAACUAUCAUACCAAGGACGCAAAUGUACCAGAUGCGGCGCACCGUUUGGUAGAUUUUACAACACCGGCGCAACGUGUGCACGCUGCAGGCACAGAGUUUGCAGACAAUGCCGUAUCGAGGUCAGGAGCCUUACCGAUAACAAAGACGUCGAAUGGAUCUGUAACGUUUGCUACAAGAUCGCAGAGUUACACGUCGCUACUGGUAAAUGGACAUUCGGAAGUCCAGAAUCCAAAGAAUCUAUAAACGUAAAGUCGCCUGUCGAAAUAUUGAAGCAUAGCAUUCGACGAGCCUGGACUAUCAACGGUCCACCCACGCGUUGGUCAGCGACGAGAAAAUCGCCGGAGCUGCGCGUAUAUCGGAGUUUACCGUCCCGUCGUCAGGAAUACCGAGAAACCGUUGAGAAGAACGAAAUCGUAAAACCCGUCGGCUGCGAAGUUCCGAGCCCUGAUCAGAAAGGGCCAGUUAGCAGAGAGGCGAACGAGCAAGUCGAGGACUGUAAUGGUUCCACGAAAGACGAUCCGUGCAGAGACGUAGCGACGAGAAACGAAACGAUUUCUUCGGAAAAAUCCGCGACGCGAAUCGACGCCAACGAACGAACGAACUCGAAACGUCCCGAAAGGUUUCCCGGUAAACACGAAGAGGAAGUGCCAUCGCCGGAUGCCAUAAAAGCGAAGAAAGGCGAGCGCCCUUCUGCAACGAACAGCGGUAGAGCGAAGACCGACGAGCAGGAGGAGACGACGAGCAACCAAGAACAAAGUACACCGAGGAUAUCCUUGAUAAAACCGCCGAGGAUACUGUCCAAGUUCAUUUCACCGGAAAUCAAGUUAACUCAAGCUAAGCAUGGGGAGAGGAAGUCGAAUAUUCCUAUAUUUCGAAGAAGCUCCAAAGAGUUCGAGGACAUUAGAAGCCCCCAAGAAUCCCCGAAACGUUCUCUCAUCCCACAAAGAUACAGAGGCAGCACCGACGAUUUACGACGCAGUCGCGAGGACAUAAGCCUUCCGAGCUUGAUCCCGAAGCUGCUCUCGCCCCGCAGCAAGGAGGAGAAACUGAAGCGGCAGGAUAGCAAGGACGACAUACGUUCCGCGUGGAAAUCGAGCCGCAAGGAGUCGAAGGAGGAGUUGAGGAGCUCCGUGUUCGGUAAGGAGGACUCGAAACACGGCAUUCGAAUAUUCCGACGGGACAACAGUCGCGAGGACGUGGGUAGGGACGGCAAGAAUUCAAAUGCGAACGCGGCGGCAAACGUCGGCGUCGCUGCAAAAGGAAAGCAAUCCGGUAAAGAGGAGAAGCAAGACAGGCCGGAGGAACGGGUGGGCGUCUCGACAACGUCGAAAUCGAAGUCGACAGUAAACGAGCACGGCAGGACGAAGGUGUCGGCCAGAGAGAGCAAGGAGACGCUCGAUGGGAAAUCGUCGAGACGCGACGAAGAAAGUCCGCGCGUGGAACAGAAUGCAAGAGUGAGGAUCGAGGCGGGAAGCAAAGAAGAGACGAUGCUCGACGUGGUUGUCGCCGACGAGAAACUGCUAGAGGAACAAGAAGGUGUCAGGAAAGGCGAAAAGGGGGGACAGCUGGAGAAGAAGCUGACAAAGCCGGGGAAAGAGGAAGAUCCGAUGUGCGAGGAGGAGGAAGUGUCGGAGAACGAGAAGCAUAUAGAUUCUAUGAAGGACUCUGCUGAGAGCUUCCUGGAGAGUACCGAAACUGACGUUGCGGAAUUCGAAACGAACGAACGCAAGGCUGUCGGGGAUCUUGGCCAUGGAAAGAAGUCCGACGACUUCCAAGUGGUGCGGCGAAAGGUUUCGAAAGAAGAGUUUUCCAAUCCCGAUGACACCGAUGAUAUGCCGAACAAACGAUGCUCCAGUCACUUGUCACCCGAGGUGAGUCCAUUAAGUACAAGAUCAUCGAGAUACAGUCCCAGAGAGAGCGAAAGCGAACCAACGCCAGCCCUUCCACGGAAAACUGGUGACUCUUGUUCCGCAUCCCAAAGGAUACGAGACGCGAUUACAAGGACUAGGAGGGAAUCGAACAGCAGCACUAGAUACGAGAGCAGUGGCAGUGAGAGUGUGAGAUUAAGCGAGACGGGUCUUCAUGGGUACGUGGAACUAGCAAGAAAAGUGAAGUUCUUCGGUGGAAACGGAAGUGGUGGCCCCAUACCAUCGACGAUCGGAAGUGACGAAGUAGUGCAACGUGAUAGUGCAACAAGUGCAGGGGAAGAUGAGCCGCACGACGAAAAUCAUGGAAGAACAGGUCCCGUUUCAUCUCAAGGAAGAACCAUGCUACGCAGACGGAGGCAAUUUGAUGCCCAAGGUUCGCGACGGAGAGGGCGAUCGCACGCGAGGAGCUGCUGCGCGGAGGAACUCCAGGGAUUUCAAGCGUUGCACGUGAUCAGUCGUGGUGGCAGACAGCACAGUCCAACGGGAAACCCGGGACAGGAUCAGCCAGUGGUCGACUACAGGCGACUGGUCUUCAUCAGCUCGGAUUCGUCAUCCGGACGCGAAGAGGACGACGCUGACAGCAGUUGCUCCAGUUCCUCUUUCCUGAACGGGUUGCCGCGCGGCGGGAGUCACACGCAAUCCCUGGAGGAUUGCGACUGGGAUUAUUUCGAGAGCGGAACUUUGCCUCUGCCACCUGGUGUGCCGAUUACUAUCGCAACGAACAACGUCGGAACGGCGACCAACACUGGUCAGGAUUGGAGCUGCUGCCCUGGACGUGGCACCGCGCCUUGUCAGGCCUGCGGAGGUUCACGAGGUGCCAACGUGCUCCCGGUCCCAGUGCCGAUACCAGUGCCCGUCCCAUAUCCGGUGCCCGUUCCAGCUGCUCUCUGGACAGGGGACUUUGCAGCCGCCGCAUCCUCCAUGAUUAGCCACAACAGCGAUGCCCAUGCAGAACCAGGAACACUGAGGUUGAGAGGCGACCCAGCUGCGCCCUGGUUCGCUUGGCAUCCUCGGUUCAAUCAGCCUCUUCACGAGACCAGGCUCGAUCCAAGGUUGACGGGUGUCUUCGAUCCGACAACCUGUACUUUCAGGCCUGACCAAGUGUUAACGCCGCGUUUAUACGGGUCUGGCGUCGAAACGUCGCCCAUUCCUACGACGGAAGUGCUGCAACAGCGACUGGUCGGUCUGCAGAUCAAUCGCGACGAAAAUGACGACGCUGGGACGAGCUCUAUAUCGAAGCAGGCGGACUCUUUUCGAAGCGAGAUCGCGUACGAUGCCGCAAACGAAGCUAAAACUACGGAGCAGUCGUCUGCGAAGAUCCGGGGAAAAUUGGACGAGCAGAAAACCGAGCAGAGCCAACAGAACGAUGAGGAAACGAAGCAGACAAAGGAAAACGAGGAAGUCGCGUGCCAAGAUUCCGGGACCGUGUCCUUCGAGAGCAGGAGGGGACAAAGGAUGUACCAGCACGAGGAUUCUGGCAGCUCCUCGGGACGAUCUUCCGCGGACAGCAGCGAUUUGGACGACGACUCGUCCUCCCAUAGGUUCUCGAGGGUCUUUGUCGUCAACGACGACUCUCUCACCAGCGAUAACGACAUCGAAGACAACGGGGACGAGGACGACGAUUCCGAUUCAGCCGCCGAGGACGGCAUUACGCUGAAAAGAGUGACCUCUCUGCCGGAAGAAGAGCCUGUGGUUCUGCAAUACGUUCGAUUCUUCAGCGAGGAAUCGAACUUUGAAAACCCUAGCGACAGUCGAGCACAGAACAGCAGCAGAGACAGUUCGGAGGAGGAGCAAAGAAUGCGAUCCAAUUACAAGGAAAAGGUAGCCUCGCCGGGCGACGAUGAUACGAUGCCCGAACGACACGAGAAGCUUAACGAAAAACGGAAAGUUCGUGGAAAGAAGAGCAACCCGGAACCGGACAACGGUCCUGUGUUGUUGCACCACUGCGCGAUGCCCGAAGAGAUGUACAUCGCGAGCGAUAACGAUUGCUCCGAAAACCAGAUAGAACUUAAAUCCGUGAAAACGUUGGAUCCCGAUAGCAUCGAGCCGAUAAUCGUCAACAAUUCCAGCGAAAGCGUCGCGUCGGAAACAGAAAUGAACUUUGAAGGAAAAUUGUACGACAAAGAAGAAAACGUUUCGGAAAUCGAUAGGUCCGAAGCUACGAGUCGAGCAACGUCUAGCAACGAAUCUACGGAUUCGGACGAUCAAGCAAAGUUUCUAUCCGCCGACGUUUGGGAUCCUAACAUAAUCCCAGACUCGUUGGAAAUCUCCGAAUCAGAAAUUCCGAGUGUCGAUCACUCGUCCCCUGAGAGUAGCCCCGAGGCUUCCAAGUUUCGCGUUUCGACGCCUACGAAUAUUCGCGACGCAGGGAACAAUCGAUCGAACGGUAAGGAUUAUCGCGAAACUGGAAUCAAUAACUCGACCGCAUUAUCGGAGAUAACGUCGUGCGAUACUCCCGAUCGAGGCAACGAUAACCGUGAGGGUGACACAUCGACCGAUUUAAAUUCAAACUUCAACGCGACGGCGAACUCGAGCGCGCUUUCAGGGUCCGACAGUUUCACGAGUAACGAGACGAACGCGACUGGAAGCGAGGCGAGCAGCGACGAACUUCACGAAUACGAGGUGACGUCGGCCAGCGUCUCCUCGCAUUACGAUAGCAACGAAUUGUCGUUUUCGGCUGUGAACGGCGAGUUGUUGUCGAAACUGAACAAAAGAAACGACGAGAGAACAUCGUGGCAACCGAAGAGAUUCAAGGAUGCCGAGGAAUCCAGCGUUACCGCAUCGAACAGAAUGAAAUGGAAUAUAAAGUACGAGAGAUUGGACGUUGAGCAAUCACCGGAUAAUGCAAACAACGGCGAAAGUGUCGUAAGCGCGCGUACCGAGAAUGAUUCAAUGCCGAUUACCGCGAAGGAUGAUCGAUCCGUUGCGAGCCACGGCGGAAGAUCGGCGACAAUAGAGGUGACCAAAGAUGGCGCGAAAGACAACGACCCGCAGGAGGAGAGUCGCGAUGGAAUCGAAUUAAAAAGAGCGGGCAGCGCGGUGGGCGAUACGCUAACCAACGAGAUUCGAGAGAUUUCAAUGAACGCGGAGAGCGCAGACACCGCAGGUAAGGCAGAGAGUGCGCAUGAUUGUAACGCGCGUGCGGUGAGCGGCGAGUGUCCUGCUUCUAGUCAGGUUGUAGGAGAGCUACAAAGUGGGGGUGGUGAAGGUGGUAGUGGCAUCGAGUAUAGCGGUGCCGGUGGUGGCUGCCUCGAAGAGGGGGUAUCGACACGGUUUCGCUCAGUCGAGCGACGCCCGUCUACCGGAAAGGAGAAUGGAUUCCUUCCUGCCGUGUCGACCAAAGAUCCCGUUCAACGCUUUCCCUCGACGGUCCAGAACAAUAAUAUCGGCAACAACAACAACAAAUAUAGAAGCCUCGUGAUGAUUACUCAGGAAGCCUCGUACCAACCUGUCAGCGUUAUCACCUCGGACACGACGACCUUGUUGCAGCCGGAUGAAGUGCAUAUGGCUAGUCAGGGUCUGGCUGGAUACUUCCAGCUGGCGCUGGAAGCCGUAGCCGAGCAACCACACCGUAAAAAUGGUCAGGGACCGAGGAAACCCCUUAUGGUGAAACGGUUGUCCAGUACUAUCGCGAAUCAUUCGGAGCCGGAAGUUGACAGUGGUUUGAGUGUCGGUAGUGCCAGUGAAAGUGACGAUGUUUCGGUGAAAAACUGCACGAAGGUGGUCAGUCGGCAGGAAAAUAACGAGGAAAACUCUUCGAGGGAGCGGCAGGUUAACGAGCAUCGCGAAGGUACGCGUGCACGUGCCUCCUCGCAAUCCAGCGAUGACAAUUCAGGGAGCGGUGGGAUCGUGAUACUGGAGGAAGGAUUAGCCGACGAUGAUUCAUGGGUGGAAGAGGUGUCGCACGACGAGGACGAACCUGGCGCUACGACUGCGACGGAGGAGAGUUCGGAAGACGAAGCGAACAACCUUGGUGACCGCGAAGAAGAGCUCAGAGGUUACCAUAGGCAGGCCAUCGACUUCACUUUGCAUACCAUCGUCGAGGAAUCCUGCGAGGAAAGCGAAGCGGAGCCGAGUCUGGCAACAGGUAGCCCAUCGAAGAAGCAAAGGCCACCGUCCGCCUCCGAGCUGGAGAAAUACUUUUUCUUCGGUCUCGGAGGAGAUGGCAACAACUCGAGCAUGGGUUCGCGCGAAGUCGACAGUUUGUCGGAGACGUCCUCUAUUUAUUCCGAGGGAUUGGAAUCGCUCGGACAGGACGAAGCUCCGUGUGCGGGACAGAGUCAAGAGAGAUCGAGCUCUGGAGAAGGAUUCUUGAAUUCCUCGAGACUGGAGAAGUACUUCCUUUCGGAGUUUCUUGGUUUCGAUCAAGAUAGACGCGACUCCGAUGGCUCCGUUGGUAGCGACUCCGAGGGAAGGCCCAGCCCGGAAGCGCAGAGAAAAAAGAAGCUGGUCCGUGCCAGAGGUACCGGUAGAUCGCACAGUUCGUCUUUGGAUAACUUGUUAGCUCUCACGCAGAGCUCGCAGAAUUUAAGCUCGCAAAAUUCUCUUCAAGAUUUGAGCCUGAACCAAGAUGCGCAAGAGAGUCAGUCGGAAGGUUCCUCCACGGAGACCGACGGAGCGGACGACGGCCAAACCGCUGCCUUUGGAACGGACGGACAAUUCGAUACUGUGAAACGUAAGAAGAAAAAACCUAGAAAUCUGGGAACUCAGAGUCCACGUGUCCCGGACGACAGGAACAAAACGCCAGAACCGAGCAGAGAGAUGGUCCUCGUAGGAGAAGUGGUGAUGGAAAACGAAGCGGAAGCUAUCAAUUCGGAGGAUUCGGACAGAGCAAAGACGCCGCAACCCGAGUGCGCGUUGUCUUCUUCCUCGUUAGCGUCGACCACCAUUAUUUCUUCGGCGACUUCGGCAUCGCAAGCAGACUCUGCGAGAAACAUUCUAAUAAAUUCAGGAGACUCGUCGACCUACAAUCAAAGAUCUAAACAGCAAUCGAGAGAUUCCGGAUUUGUUGGUAGCUGCGACGAUCUUCUUCAACACCAAAAGCUGCCCGACGAUACUCAAAUCAACGCCGAAGUUAAUCAAGAAUCUGGAAAAGAUUGCUCUGGCAAGGAAAACGGCGAAAAUGCUCAAGUUGCGAGUCAAACCUCUACGGAAAGAUCGCCCGGGGUUGAAAAGUGUAGAAAGACUAAAAUGGAUCAUCCCUUGAGUCACGCCGCGCUACCCCACUUACCUAACCCGUCACUUUCGAGAAAGGACAGCUUCAAUAAUUGGUCCAGCGACGAGGAAACGAAUUUGAUGAUGUCAAAAAUGAGACAAUUCUUUAAAACUAUGGUCGCUAAUUCGAAUGGACAGAAUCCGAACGCUGGCAGUACUAAUUCGAGCGGAGUCUCGCCUGCGCCCAGUCCUCGGUUACCUGGAUACGCGACGAAAGCCAGACUAUGCUCGCAAAACCGCACGAAACCGCCACAGUUGGUGUAUUUUGAAAACGAGCUUACCAGGUUGAUGAAAACGGUGCCGGGAAUACGCGACGAGCAAGUGCGUGAAAUAGUCGAAUACCUCAGUUCCGAGGACACGUGGUCCGAUUCGUACGAUAGCUCGGAUUACACCAGCUCCGAUUUAGAGGGGGCAGCCGGUGGCCGUCGAUCGGCGCUGCAGGAGCAGAUCUCCCAGAGCUGUCAACAGAUUAUCAAUAAAUUCGACACCGCGUCGAAUAACACUCUGCUGGAUAAGGACAGGGAGGAUAAAACUGGACCAACCGGGAUGCAACCGUGUCUAGGCAGAGACACCGCUUUCGUGUAUCAGAAAUUGGUUCAAAGUUUCACGAAAAUGGCUGGCGAUGGUGCGAGCUCCGACGCCAAUUCGACUCCGCACAGCAGUCCACCGUUAAUCGCUAAAGUGAUGCACCAUAUUGGUAGCCGAUUGGUAGCUCUGAUGCACGAGGUCUCCGAAGGCGGACCAACCGUGCAGCAUCACUCCACGAGCUGGAGACGAUACUCUCAACACCACCGAACGCCCUCUUCGGCAUCCACCACGGAAGACGACGAUUCUACAUCCGACUCGACGAACACACCUUCGUCGGCGCAUUUGCAACUACCCAGAUCCAAGUCCCACGAUCCUUUGCUGCUGAUCAACAACCAUCCAGCAGUAUCGACGGGACAGGAAGGCGAGGAACGAGAAGCUAGCGAUUACGAAAGGUUUUCUUGGCGUGGAAGCUUCGAGUCGGCGUUAAUGGCAGCAGACUCCAGGACGAAACUCAGCCUCCUGGCUUGCUCCGGGGAUGUCAGUGUCGGUGCUAGUGCUAGUGCUAAUGCCUUGGCCAUGGCUGCUAAACGCCGCAGUGCCGGGGACCUGUUGUUCAAUCCAAAGAGUUUCUCCAGAGAGCAGUUGGAUAGGGUUAGAAGUUGCGGGUCCAUCGGCGGCGGGAGCGGAGGUGCCGCCAGUGGAUGCGGAGGAUCGGUGGAGGAAAGGAUUUGGAGCAACAGGAGAAGAUCUUCCGUUCCCGAUGCCAAUACCAGGGGGGAAUCCGGCGACGAGGACACCGAAGAUGAACUCGAAUAUAACGGCGAAUCACGAGCGACGACUCUUCCACGUGGAAUGCAAUCCGCCAUCACCGCAGCGACCAAUUCUUUGCCGCGUUUGCCAGCUUCCACGGCUCCAGCUGGUUUAACGACAGCAUCGAUCGCGCCUUCAUCGGCGAUGCACAAGGCACACAGUGUAUAUCAUUUCCUGCCACAGCAUUCUGGCGUAAAAUCAGCCAGAUAUCGUCCGCCUGGCUUCGCAAGAAACAGCAACGUGGCUGGCGCGAUCGGUGGACCAAAGCGUGCAGUCAGUGCUCCAGGACUCCAGGUCUCAGGUUCUCAGUCUUCCGUGGGAAAACGUGAAAAUUCGAGAUCGAGAAGGCAGCAGGCUAUGUCCCUCACCUCUGAUGACGGAAGUAGCUUGUCAGAAGCGUGCAGUACUCCUAUCAUUGGCGCAGGAUCAAGGACAGGCUCUAGUCAUACAAUGAUAGACGUAGAUGACAUGGAGUCUGGACUACACUCUGGACAUCUUGCAACUCGCGCGUCUUUGUCCAGUCUUGGAGCACGCUCGGAUUCAAUGGCGUCGGUUUACAGCGGUGCUGGUGAAGGAAGGUGCUGUCGCUCGGUCGUCGUCACAGGAGAGGUCGAAUUCGCUUUGCAAUACGACUACAAGCAUCUAACGUUCGAGGUGCACGUAACGAAAUGCAAGAAUCUUGCACCGGUUGACGUAAAACGCAAACGCUCCGAUCCUUAUUGCCCAAUUGUAGGACCGAUAUACACGUACGUGAAAGUCUACCUGCUGCCGGACAAAUCGAAGAGCGGCAAGCGGAAAACGAAGGUGAAAAAACACACGUUGAAUCCCGAAUUUAACGAAACGUUGAAGUUCCAUAUGAGUCUGAGCGGCUUGGAGACCAGAACCCUGUGGCUGACGGUUUGGCAUUCAGACAUGUUUGGACGCAACGAUUUCCUCGGUGAAGUCCAAAUGCCCUUGGAGAAUAAAAUCUUCGACGAUCCCACGCCAAAAUGGUAUCCACUUCAGGAGAGAACAGAACCGUUCGACGAUCCCGUUGCGUAUAAAGGCGAGGUGAUCGUAGGCUUAAAAUUCGUACCACCAGAUCCUACGCAACAGGAACGUGAUCGAGAAAUAGGUGCUUCUAAAUCGAAGAAGAACUGGAGCCGUGGCGCGUUGCACGUGCUCGUGAAGGAAGCCAGAAACUUGCAAACCAGGGGGAAGAAUACGGGCACGUGUGAUCCGUUUUGCAAAAGUUACUUAUUACCUGACAAGGGUCGUUCGGGGAAACAAAAGACUGGAGUGGUUCGCAGAUCUGGUGGUUCGCCAGUAUGGGGUCACACUUUCAUUUAUAAAGACGUAAGUCUGCAAGAACUGGCGGAACGUGGACUGGAGCUGACAGUUUGGGAUCACGAUCGUAUCGCCAGCAACGAAUUUUUAGGCGGAGUACGAUUCAACCUUGGCACAGGAAAACACUAUGGAAAGCCUGUGGAUUGGAUGGAUGCUACGGGUCGCGAGCUCUCGCUUUGGCAGAGCAUGCUCGAGAGGCCUAACUUCUGGGUAGAAGGCGCCGUGACUCUGAGGCCGAAUCUGCACAAUCACGGAAAAACCAACAGCUCUUAAACGAACGUCCUUGCGUCCAAGUGAAUUUCUCUCGUACUUAAGUGACACGUUUCAUCGUGGACCUUCAAUGUGUCCGUCUCAGCGAAGCUCGAAACGCUUCGGCCUAGUUUAGCUUAAAUGUACAUACGUGGCUGUAUUUACGUGCCACACAAUGAAUAGCAUCGAAACGCGACUUUCGAAAUGGAAACAGUGCCUUUAGGAGCGAUGCCGGUGCAUCGUAUCCUGUCCAGGGCACAGUCUAAAUUUUUAACGGUCCCCUGCUGUCGCCGCGACACAGCAAACUGCCCACUAGGAUCUCCGUAACAAAAGAGGAUCCACGUAAUCGUAUUUGAUUCAUAAUUAGUACUUAUUUUUUGAUUUGUACAUGUUCGUAACUGUUAUAGCUCGUAGCUUUUAUGUUCUCUUGGUAUGUAGUUCUGUACGUAUCGUAUUCCCAAUUUCUGAAUUUCUGUACGAAAGGUUACACGAUAUAUAUGAUUUUCACUAUAUAUUUCUAUUCUUCUCGUUCUUUCAUUCAGUUCGUUUGUUACCUAUGAUUUUACGUUACUGCCUCCGUUGUCCAUUCUUACGGAAGAAGAAAAGGUCCGAAUUGUAAGGUGAACGAAUCAAUUAACAAAGUUAGGCGUGCAUUACGUCUCAGAACGCGUGUCGUCCUUCUGGAUUACGUUUAGCAAUAGUAGAUUAUCGAGAAGUGAAAUUUUGUAUAGACUUCUGUCCAAACAGGAUGACUAUUGAGUACUUAACGUGUACCAGCGUGUUAUUCUCGAAAAGGAAGGAUGACGAAGAGGUAAUCGAUACUAUGAGCCCAUUCCAAGCGUACGCUUCUCGAAGAAUACUUGUCGAUCGUACGAGUGCGAAGCAACAUUAAAAUAUCGCUUCGAAUAGAAAUUUUUAGGGAGAGAAUAAUUUUGAAUUUGCGAGGAAUAUGCAUCGAUUAAGUUUUUAACGAAAAGGCGGAGAUGCAAACUCGAGAGUAAGAAUUUGCAACGUUUGGAACGUGGCAUACUUUGUGGACACUUGGCUUUCUUGGAGAGAAAGAUGUUGCCAGUGUGUACGACACUUCGAACGAUUUCUUGCGCUGAGCAUUGCCAGAACUAUGGAACGGUGUGUUUAAGGAAUUAAAUAUCACCGGUUUCCAGUACAUAUAUAAAUAUAUUCAUAUAAAUGUUAUAUUUAUACAAUCGUGUAGGAUUAUACAGUAUGAUAGACCAUGGGGCUUUGGAUGAGCUGUUUCAGCGUCUAAAUUCGCGAGUGUAACGCCAGUGUUUCGUCCAAGAAAUCAGAGAAGGGCAAAUAUUUAUUCGAAUAAUUAACAACGAAUAAAACUAUCGUACACUGCCGCUCGAAAGUCUUGGGACACUUGCUAAUACCACGCAUAAGUUUGAAAAAAAUGAAACCGUUAACAAAAACUUAUUACUUAAUAUUUUGUAGAACAAGGUCGCGUGCACUGCGUAACGGAUUUAAAUACUCGGGAAGAAAAUUCAAAAAACAAUCAAGUGUUUUUUCCAAUUUUCUUUCAGGUGUUUCACUCAUUUUUGGUGAAAAAAUCUAUCGAGUUAGUUUGGCUCAAGUUAGAGAUAUCAGUGCGACCAUUAAUUUUAUUUCUUCUAAAUAACUUUGACGUAUCUUUACCAUGUGCUUGGAAUCAAAAUAUGUAAAAGAAAAAUUAAGACUCAUUAAUGGAUGACGAGAAUUCUUUCAGUUUGAAACUUUUAUGAUUCAUAGACUACCGAAAUUUGCGAGAAAGGCUUUUUUAGAGCUACGCAUUUGCAAAAUUCACUUAUCAGAUGCUACCUCUUCGCUGUUGCCACUGAAAUCAGAUCAUUUCUACUCUUGUUUGAUCUGCUGUAACUUUUGAAACUCUUUCUCUGCUAUUACGUUUACUUAGUGUGUUUAAAUACUUGUCGACAGCCAUGGUCAUUUUGCUUGGUCGUUUCGUUAAUGUACUAUUCUUUGUGACGAUAAACGUUUUUUAACUUUUGUCCAGUAUUUCUUUAACAAAAUAGUAUUUCGAGCCUCAAUUCCUUCGUUUUGAUCUCAAAACUCUUCCAAAAUUGAUCUCAGAUGGAAAAUAGUAAGGAUUCUUAUCCAAGCUUUCCUUACGCCGCACGUUUACAUCAGGAAUUCAGAACUUCGCGCCAAUGCAACCAUAAUUAAAUGGACGAAGAAAGCAUGACAAGCCAUACAUAGCUACACGAAUUAAUUGUGCAAUAAUUACGUCGUAUGCAUUCUUCGCUGCUUAAAAUAGCCAACUUAUUAAAUUAUUUACAAACUGUACAAAAGACUGCAAACAUAUACUUAAAUAUUAAUAUUCGAUAAUAAAAGUAAGCGUCCUAAAUCUUCCGAGCGUCAGAACGUUCUACAGUUAGAUCUAUUUAAACAGCUAUCUAUUCAACGAGAAAUGUUCCAGUCCGUAACGCGAAUCCUAACUUGUAUUCAACGAAUAACAGGUCAAAAGGUGUUCGUCGUUUAUUCGUUAUUCGAGAUUUCUAACCACAUAAGUAUUUCGCUCUUCUCUACGGGAAACUUCCUUUUUGUAAUUCGAAUGUGUUUGAACACUACUUACACUAUUUUCGGCGUGAAAUCAAACAGCUGCCGUAUACGUACUUAACUAAUUAUACAACGUCGAGUCUCCGAUUAUUGCAUAUAGACGUAUAGUAUAAUAGCAUCGUGUACUUAUCCGUAAGGCUCUUCCUAAAUACAGGGUUUGACGAUCGGAGCUACAAACUGCCUUCGUCGUAAGUUCUUCAAUAAUGAUUCGAUAGCGUUGUACACGAGAGGGUUUUCCAUUCGAAGGAAACAAAUUUGCCGCCCGUUUGUAACUAUCGUUGCGGGACUAUGUUGUGUACGUUAAGGACCAAUAACACUAAAUUAACAAUAAAGUCAAUAAUAGGAAAGAAGAGAGCUGUGUUACAAAAACAAAAUUCACGACACGCGCGUCUGUAUUCUGUUCGAGACCAAGUUCGACGAAUGGAACCAGGCAUCUAUUUAUAUGUCACUCUUCGGUGUACAUGAUAAUAAAAGUUUUAUACGUUUA